AUGAUGCAGUGGACCAAUGAGAGUGUCCUCCCUGGGUUCAUUCUGAUAGGUUUUUCAGACAGGCCUCAGGUGGAGAUCAUUCUCUUUGGAGUAAUCUUGUUCCUUUACUUCAUGACCCUUCUAGGCAAUACUACUAUCAUCUUAGUGUCUGUCUUGGACUCUAAGCUCCACAUUCCUAUGUACUUUUUCCUCUCCCAUCUCUCCUUCUUGGACCUCUGCUUCAUCAGCAGUAUCAUACCCCAGUUUCUAGUCAACCUGUGGGGUUCAGAUAAAUCUAUCACAUAUGGUGGCUGUGUCAUUCAACUCUAUGUUUCCCUUGCACUGGGCUCCACUGAGUGUGUCCUCCUGGCUGUGAUGUCCUAUGAUCGCUAUGUUGCUGUUUGCCGUCCCCUACACUAUGCUUUUGUCAUGCAUCCUCGGCUCUGCCAUAUCUUGGCCUCUAUGGCAUGGCUCAGUGGAGUGGCCACCACAUUGAUUCAGUCCACUCUUACUCUGCAGCUGCCCUUCUGUGGUCACUACCAGGUGGACCAUUUCUUCUGUGAGGUCCCUGUGCUCAUCAGGUUGGCUUGUGUGGACACUACAUUCAACCAGGCUGAGCUCUUUGUGGCUAGUGUAUUAUUCCUGGUGGUGCCUUUGUCACUCAUCCUAACUUCCUAUGGAUACAUUGCUCAAGCAAUUUUGAAGAUAGAGUCAGUCAUUGGAAGACAGAAAGCAUUUGGGACCUGCUCUUCCCACCUGGUGGUGGUCAUCAUCUUCUAUGGAACCAUCAUCUUCAUGUAUCUGCAGCCAGCCAAGAGUAGAUCCAAGGACCAGGGAAAGUUUGUUUCCCUCUUCUACACCGUGGUGACCCCCAUGCUUAAUCCACUCAUCUAUACCCUGAGGAACAAGGAAGUAAAGGUGGCACUGAAAAAAAUUCUGGGGAAAACUUUAUGA